AUGAACCAGAAUGCUGAGAUAUUCGGUAUGUCGUUCAGAACAACAUGGAAUGUGGGUGGUGGGAAUAUUGUCGGAUUCUCAAGGCUGAUGAGAAGAUAUACAUCAGUAAGAAGAAGUGUAUUAGACAUGGCUGCUAAAGAUGGGGAGCUGAGGGUCUUUGUAGUUUCUGGAGAGGUUUCUGGUGACACUAUUGGCUCUCGUCUGAUGUCAUCUCUAAAGAAGCUCUCUCCUGUGCCAGUCCGCUUUUCUGGUGUCGGAGGGACCAUGAUGUCCAGUCAAGGAUUAAAAUCGGUAUUUCCUAUGGAGGAUAUUGCCGUGAUGGGAUUGUUGGAGUUAUUGCCUCAUCUAAAUAAACUCAGAGUGAAGUUGCAGGAGACAAUAGAAGCUGCUCUUCUGUUUCAACCUCAUGUUGUCGUAACAGUGGAUUCCAAGGGUUUCUCUUUCCGUCUUCUGAAGCAGUUACGGGCUAGAUACAGUCAAAAAAGCUUCGAGAUUCCAGUACACUUCCAUUAUGUAGCACCAUCAUUCUGGGCUUGGAAAGGGGGUGAAGCAAGACUCAGAGGCUUAGCUGGAUUUGUGGAUCAUCUCCUGUGUAUACUUCCAAAUGAAGAAGAAGUUUGCAGAUCAAAUGGAUUGGUUGCAACCUUUGUUGGCCAUCCUAUACUGGAGGAUGUGUGCGAGUUGAAUUUGGAUACUUCACCACAUGAAUGGAAAAUAGAAGGAAACUCUGAAAUUUUCAGAAGGAAUCAUGCAAUACCUACAGGAGCCACAAUCAUUUCCUUGCUUCCGGGAAGCAGAUUGCAGGAGGUCACCAGAAUGCUUUCACUCUUUGCAAAUACCAUUGAACUAUUACAAGUCUCCUUGCCUGAGUUGGUACCACUGAUCCACGUCGCUUCAAAUCAGCAUGUGAAGGACUUUGUCACUGGAUUUACCAACAAGUGGCAUGUGCCUGCUAUAUUGAUUCCGGGAGGAUCUCUGCACCAGAAAUAUGACGCAUUCAGUGCAAGUAGUGUUGCAUUAUGUGCUUCUGGAACAGUUGCUUUGGAGUUGCAGCUUGCACGGCUACCAUGUGUAGUUGCUUAUCGAGCUCAUUUUCUAACUGAGUGGAUUAUCCGCUAUAAAGCCAAGAUAUCUUAUAUCUCCCUCUCAAAUAUCUUGUUGGAUUCAGCUAUUAUACCUGAAGCACUCUUUCAUGCAUGCACUCCAGCAAUGCUUGCGUCAUUAACUUCGAAAAUGAUACAUGACACUGGCCUCCGAGAAAAACAGAUUGUUGCUGCUGAAAAGGUUACCAGACUUCUGUGCGCAUCAGCUAAAAAUUUACAUAACUUGGAAGAGCUGCAUCGAAGAUUGAGCUUACCGUGUUACACACCGAGUAUGAUAGCAGCAUCAACAAUACUGUGCCAUGUGAGGUCAUAAUGAGUAGCCAUUUUCAAGUAAAAACAUGCCUUGAAUUGUUUCGACAGUGGAUUUAGGCUAUCACCC